AUGCGGUCACAAUGGGAAAGGGCAGUGCUCUUGAAACUGACGCCCGUUGUUCCAUUCGACACAAAAGAUAUGACCAUGUAUGGUCGUGGAUCCGGGGCAGGUGUUAUCAAUUCAAGUUCGGGGAAGCCACAGCGAGAGUUCGUUGACAAACGUGGCAUUCACGUUGUGGUGGGUUAUUACAAUGGAGAUCAACUCCCGGGUGUGGCUCCUGGUGGCAAUAUCUCUGAAGAAAUGGUCAACAGGAAUGAAUAUAAUCCCGUGAAGGGUUCCGGAGAUCAGGGAUUGCCUGUUAUUAUCCCAACCUACCAGCAAGCAAAAAUGAACGCCUUGUUCCGCGUGAACCAGUUCAAUUUAUUGGCGAGUGACCGGAUACCCCUUGAUCGAUCUUUACCGGAUAUUCGGAAGAAAAAAUGUUUGGAAGUUGAAUAUGACUUGGACGUUUUACCAACCACCUCUGUGAUCAUAGUUUUCCAUAAUGAAGCCUGGUCAACUCUCCUACGAACUGUUCAUUCAGUGAUUGGUCGAUCUCCUCGCCAGCUUCUGCGGGAAAUUAUUCUUGUGGAUGAUGACAGCAAUAGAGAGUUUUUAAAAGAAUCCUUGGAGGAACACGUCAAGAAGCUGCCAGUCAAAACAAGUAUUAUUCGUACUAAAUCUCGUGUUGGGCUCAUCCAAGCGCGACUUUUGGGUGCUCAUAAUGCGUCAGGUGAUACGUUGACUUUCUUGGAUGCUCAUUGUGAAACAACGCCAGGUUGGUUGGAGCCGCUUUUACAGAGAGUGGCUGAACAUCCAUCUGCUGUGGUCUCCCCUGUAAUUGACAUCAUCAGUGAUGAAACGUUUGCAUAUGUGCGAAGCUUUGAUUUGCAUUGGGGAGCAUUCAACUGGCAACUGCAUUUCCGCUGGUUUUCAGUUAGUGAAGAUGAAAUUAGGCUUCGGUGGAAAAACCAAGCCAAGCCUUUCAGGACACCUGUGAUGGCUGGUGGUCUGUUCACCAUCAACAGAGAUUAUUUCUUCAACGUUGGUUCGUAUGACAAAGCAAUGGACAUCUGGGGAGGAGAAAAUGUGGAAAUGUCGUUCAGGGUAUGGCAAUGUGGAGGUCGAGUAGAAAUUGCUCCGUGUUCUCACGUGGGUCAUGUAUUUCGAAAAUCGUCACCAUACACGUUUCCCCGCAAAGGAGGUGUUGGCGAAGUGUUGUAUUCAAACCUUGCUCGGGUUGCGCUUGUUUGGAUGGACGAGUGGAGCGAUUUCUACCUCAAGCUAAAUUCAGAAGCAGCACGAUUAGCACCACAUAUCAAUGUCACAGACCGUCUUCAGCUGCGGAAGAAGCUUGGAUGCAAAAGUUUUGGGUGGUAUUUGAAAAACAUUUGGCCAGAAAAUUUCCUGCCUUCUCCAGACAGAUUCUUUGGAAAAAUACGUAAUUUGGCACUUGACAAAUGUCUGCAAAGACCCUUGGGUCAAGGUGGUCAACCCGGAACUGGAGAACCGACGUUGGAUUCAUGUGUAAUUGAACUGUACUCCCUACAGUCAUUCGUUGUUUCCGAUAAGGGAUUCAUCAUGAGUGAUGAUUCUGUAUGCCUUGAUAGUCCUGAUGCAACCCUCAAGACGCCUCAAGUCAGAUUUCUCAUGUGUGGCAGUUUGGAGCGACAGAAAUGGGCAUACAAUCAAGAGAAAAUGACAGUGAUUCACAAUCAAAGUGGGAAGUGUUUGCAAGCUCAAAAGGGACCAAGUGGAGGACCUCAAUUCCAAGUAUCAAUGCAGACGUGUGACUCUGAACUUAGAUCCCAGAAAUGGUCAUUUGAACCACAAGAAUGGAAUAUAGAGCGGAGUUCCAUAACCCGGGUUCCGCGGACCGGCGCCGGUCCGCAGACGACUUUUAAAGGCGUCGAAAAUGGUCUGCGGAUUUUAUUUUCCAUAGAAACGUUCCUGUCUGCAGAAAAUGUUAUGGAAAUCUGCCAGUCCAGGGGUCCGAAAAGGCAAGUCCAGCACCCGAAGGUCUCCUUGCUUCAGUUCCUUUCUCCAGCAAGUGGUGUGCUGAGCCCAUAUGCCGGCAGUCUAGCGGCUUAUUCAGAAGCGGCGCCUCCUCCGUGGAUGGCAGAGUUAUGUCCGCGGGGAACCGGCUCGUGUUGUGUGCAGUGUCGGUCGUCUCCCGUCGUCGCGCACUACUCGGCCACGGCAGUGCUGGUCCUCGCCCUGCUCUUCGUCGACAUGGCCGCCGCCAGCAUCAGCCGCCACCGCCGGCGCCACCAACACGAAUUCAGCGGCGGCGCUGUGGACGUUGUGAACGCGGAAGUGUGUCGCGCGUGCGUGGCGCGACAACGAUCGGGACUGUCGCCGCGGUCCGUCGACGCGUACAAGCUGGAGCGAGCGAAGUUCGAAAUCCUGCGACGACUGGGCAUGAACGAGCCGCCGAAAUUCCCGGAGCUGGAUUUGCGAGAGGAAAUCUCGCGGGAGCUGGUCGUCGAUAGUCUGAUGCGGAAGGAGUUGGGUUAUUCGUCCAGGGCGGCCGGGGGUUCGGGCGGCCUGCUGCAGCACAGCAGGAAGACCAACGCCGCCGCCGCCGGUAGUGGGAACCAGCUCACGCGGUUCUCGGCGGGUUCGGAUGACCUCAACCCGGACACCAACGAGCUGCUGAUGACGGCCAGUGGGGUCCGAGGGCACGCCGAUGCGAGUGACGCGGAGUACUUGCGAGGAGACCCGGGCGACGGGUCCGGAACCAGUUCCGGCGAGGACUUCCUCGAUCAGGAAAUAGAAACGGUCAUGUUUGCAUCAGCAGGUCCAUUCUUCGAGAACCAGCGACUGAUCCAGUUCACCAGGGACCGCAAUCAAAUCCCCGAUGAAACCGAUGUGAUAUCCGCCGAACUGUGGCUGCACCUGCGCUUCCGAAGCCCGUACAUCAAGGAGUUCCGGAAGUCCCGCCGGGACUUCCGCCCGAAGGUUUUCAUUUUCAGAGUGCGAACUCUUCCGGAAUUCAAUGCUUCCGCUUGCAAUUCCUUCACUUGCCCACCUGUUCAGGUCCAAGACAUGAACGGCUGGGAGCUGAUCGGAACCCUGGGAGUGACACUGAAGACGUUGGGGUGGCAAACAAUCGAUCUCACAGCAGCUAUUCGCAACUGGACCCUGGAAGCCCGACCCGUGCCCGAGGCUAACGUUACCGGCGGAUCCGGAGAUCCCCUCAUCAUCGAUGACAAGCUCACGCUGCUCGUCGACUGCGCCGGCUGUCACGGACUCAUCGAAACCGGAAUGCCGCCUGUCGACUUCGACACCACUGACGAGCGCAGCACGAAAGUCUGGCUCAAGCGUCGCAACUUUGCUCGCGACACCAACUCCGCCGCAUUCACUCCUUACUUCGUCAUCGCCUCAAAGCGGUCGGCCAAGUCACGACGGAAGCGAAAGGCAUCAGCGACGUGUCCCGACGACGACGACGACGGCGGCAGUGACGACACCGACGUGGCGAGACGGAAUUGUUGCGUGCGUCGGUUGUUCGUCAGCUUCAAGGACCUGGGCUGGGACGAGUGGAUUUUGUACCCGGACGGGUACUUUGCCAAUUACUGCUUCGGCGAGUGCAGGGAGCCGAAUUUUGCGCACUUCAACACGCACGUGCUCAAGGAUUAUCGCAACUUGUUCCAGGGCACGGACGAGGAGUAUUACGAGGCACUUUCGCCGUGCUGUUCGCCCACCAAGCUUUCCUCCAUUUCACUCAUUUAUUACGACCAAAAGAAACGGAUCAUCAAGCGAGAUCUUCCCAAAAUGCGCGUCGAUGAAUGCGGCUGUGCUUAGAUGAUUUUAAUUUGAAUUAUCCGAUGAAUUUUGAUAUUCUACAAAUCGUAAGACCCCGCGCUAUGAAUGCUUUCGAGAGAGUCCGCCAUCAAUAACUCGGUUUCAUUUGGAAUUGUCAAUUAUUACCCCCCGAAAAGCACUGAUAUUCUGAUGAUUUGUUCAGCAGAAAUUCUCGGUGUUUCAAAGAUCAGAAAAAAAUGUAUUUCGUGCUGUUGAAAUAUUUUACUGCCGAUUUGAAUCCUCUUUCGGUCAUCCCGCAUUUUAUGACCACAUUUUCCUCAUAAUUUUCCAACACGCAACAUUGAAGCUUUUCAUACAAAACCCGAUUUUGGCUCUUUUCCAUGUUUUCGAAAUCAAAAUUGGCCAAUCUGAAACUUCAGUGCCAUUCGUGAACCGUUUUUAAAUGCGGGUGGACUCUUUCUCUACGGUGAUUUUGUCUACAACGAGUUUAUCUGUACGACAAAUUUUUUGGUCCGAUAUGGAUAUCGUUGUUUAGAGAGUUUCUCUGCAACGAAAUUCUUUCUAUAACGAAUUUUUUCUGCGUUCCCAUACUUCCCACACAUUUUUGUUGUAGAGAGAAAGUCCACCUGUAUAGGUAAAGUGUUUGAAGAGUUUGAAGUUGAACUGAGAUUAAGCAGAAAAUUGCAAAAGUUCAUGAACUAUGAAAAAUGUUCUGCAAAUGAAUGAGUAUGCGUGGCAGCUGUUUUCUUUUAAUCGCACAUAAUUUUGGAUGAUUCGAUGAUUUUUUGCCUAUGGAAAAUAAAUUAUCCGAACAAUCUUCGAAGAACUGAUCAUCAAAAUCGCGAAACUUCUGCUGGAGAUAUACACCGAGUGAAAAUGCAGAACUUGGAUAGCAUGCUGAAAUAAGGAAUGCAUAUUACUUCUGGUUUAGUAUGAAUGAAACAGGGACUUGGUUUGUUAGUUUCUUUACUGGACUCCGCGAAAACUUAUCUUCAACGAAAUUCUCAUUUUUAUCCAUGUACCGAAGCUGUUUCCGACCUUUCGAAAAUACAGUAUUAUAACUUGCAGA